UGAUGCUCUUACAUCGGUGUUACAUGCGAAAAAAAGCAUAUGUAAAGCGUGUAUAAAACACGCCCAUGCGAUUGAUAAGUAGUCUGUACACCUAUUUUGUACAUAUACGAUACAAUAAAAAAUUUCACAACUUUUAAUCAGUAUUGCAUGAUGUAAUCGUUAUUUAAACGCCUUUCCUGAUAAAGGAAAAAUUAGGCAUUCGUAGGUUAAAAAGUUUUGUGACAUAAGCGUUUGUCAUUUAUUAAUACAAUCAAAGAUAUCUAAUAAUUCAAUGAAAAUGAUUUUUCGUCAUUAUGUGAGGGAAAGAAAUUGCUUGUUCAUACAAUCCUCGAGGAAAUAAAUACAAACAUCAUGUUAAUGAUCUUUAACGUGUGAGAGAUACAUCAGUCUAUUUUAUCAAAAGAAUCCUGUGAUUGUCUACAAACAGAUAGAACUUAAAAAUUUACUAGAUUGAGAACGUAAUAUUCGCUAUUAUGAUAUGCAGAAUAUUAGUUCUAAGAACAGUUUGAACAAGGGCACAAACGUAAAGAUUUUUUGCUCAAGUACACAAUGUCAAAUUGCCAACGAGGAAUUAAUAAAUUUAUGUCAACAAGUGACAGACCUAAAGGAAACAAUCACAUCAUUAGAGAAUAUUAUACAAUUAAAGGAUGUGCAAUUGCAAAAUAUGCAACGAGAUAAUAAUCGACUGUCGGUUGAAUUGAAGAAACAACAAAGAUACAUCAGGAACCUCAAACAGCAGUUGGACGAUGACAGGUUCUUCUACCAGAGAGAAAAGGAUUUCUUCAACAGUGAAAUACAACGGCAGAAAACGCGACUUAAUGUCUCGAAGUUAUCUCAACAAAGAAAGGAAUUAGAGGUUGUACAAGAAUGUUUAGAAGAUGAGAAUAAGUCGCUUCGAGAAGAAUUAAACGAGAAAGUAGAAACAACGUACAAUUUAUGUAUAAAGUUUUUGCGAAUGAAAUACGCCAAGGAUUCGUUGAGGCAAAAAUUUAACCAAUUACUAAAGGAGCACCUUCAAGUAAUGACUGACAUGAUGGAGAAACUAGAUGAAGCAAGAGAAGAACUCAAUAUAAUUGUAUCUGAAAAGUUUCAGGACCCUCUGCCUUUGAGUAAAGCAAAAUUUUUACAGGUGGUACAAAGAAAUGCUCGAUUAGUUCAUGAAAACGCGACGCUUAAAGUGCAAAUACAACAUUUAACACUGAAUAUUGAAAGAUUAAAAAGUUGCAUGCAAAAACCGAAGUCGAUAAAUGUAGACGCAAAAAUUAUUGCAAAAUUAGCGGCGCAAAGUAAGAAAAGAUAUAGCAAGGAAUCUACAAAAUGGCUACCGUUUCAUUCAUGUGAAAAUGGAAUUAAUAACACAUCGUCAGUUACCAAAUCGUCAAAUAGUGAAAAUCCUGUUGAUAAUUCUGAAGAUACGAAAUUAGUGUCAAAAAUUCGGUCAGACAACUUGAAAAAGUAUGCGAAUACGACAAUUCGAGAAAUUGAAACUGAAGAAACAAGGGAAUUGCGAAAGGGACGUGCGCGCAGCGCGCCAGAAAUUCGACUAACGGAAAUGCAACCAAGCUCGUCCGCAAUUAUUUGAGCCUUCAAUGAACACUUAAGAUUAUGA